GUGUGGAGGGCAGGGCAUAAAGAGGAUAGCAUAUUAUAGCAACCAGAUUACGAAGUUUUUGUGCUAAAUUGGAUAUAUUAGAAUGUAGUGAUGCCCAAAAAAACUACAAAAGACAGCAGAUCCAUAGGAAGAACUGGUUGUAAGCCAAAGACAGUUAAACGUAACUUUAAUGAUAAGCGAAUCGUGAACAAUAUAUAUAUCGGUGCUGGUAACGCCAGGAGAUGGAUUAUAUUGAAGAAGAAGCUGGACUACGAAAGUGAUGUUGAUUUUGUUGCGUAUCUGUUGGAUCUUGCAGAGCCUCAGUCAGUAAGAGGCAAAGUGGCCCCAAAGUCUGACGAUAUAAACAAGAAAGAUGAUGACAAGGAUGACACCCCAGUGAGGGAGUUUGAAGAGGACACAAAUGAUAGUACGAGCUCCGUGCAGCAUGAGGUCAGUGAUGAUGGGGAAUGGAGACCAUUUGGCACGGCAGGAGAUGCCCCAUUGCGUCGUAGUCCUCGCAAACAAAGUAUUCCUGUGCGAAUCCAUGUCCGUCGAAGUGCACGCAACAUGGUUGCAGAACGAAGGCAACUUAAGAAAGAUGAGAACCCAAAGGGACAGGCACCAGCCACGGUAACAGAGAACAGUACUGCUGUAGAGGAACUGGAUGCUGCAGGAAACAUCACUACAGAUGAGAGUUUAAAGACAGAAGUUGUGCCAGGUGAGGAAGAGAAAGAACCCUUAAGCGAGGAGAUCCCAGUGGUGCAUCCCCCCGUUGAGAAAGAGAAGGAGGAGCCAGUAGAUGAGGAUGUAGGUGACUCCAAAGACUCAGGUGUUAAGGUGGACUGCUGUGGUGACGAUAUUGUACUGGCAGGCCAGAACAAUGUGAGCAUGUGCCUGGAUGAGGUGCACAUCGAGGUUGGGGAGCGUGUCAAGCUUAAAAGACGCAAGAAGAGGAGGAAUCACAAUGCUCAGGAGCCAAGUACAGAGCUCAAGAGCAGCACAAGGCACAAGAGGAAAAAGCACAAGCAUGGAGAACACAGUACAAAGAAAAAACACCAUGAUAUUCGUAGGGCACCUCAAGAUGGGAUUCCACAAGAUCAGCCCCUGGAAGUGGUGCCAGAAACAGAGAGCAAAGAACAGGCUGACAGAUUAGUAGAGGACCGGGAAUUGAAGUGCAGCAAUGAGCUGGAACUUCCCCAGUUGCAGCAGCGAGUGGCCAUCCGUAUCAAGCUAUGCUGUGACUGCAACUCGAGACAUGUGCAGGAUGCAUGUCCACUACGUAAUCCUGCAAUAAUCAUUGGUGAUACUGUGAUAUUUGGACAGUGGCAGAAUGAAAAGAAACAAGCUCGGACUAAGGCACUAAUUUGUAAUGGGGAAAGGACUCCAGAAGAACUUUCAAAUGCUCGGAGUGAUUCGGUGAAUGGUGUUAUCUCUGUAAAUAAUGGGGAAGUUGAUGGACUGAACAAAGAUGGUGGUGGAACAUUCCUGGAGGAGACACAAGGUGAUAGCAUUCCAGAGCUGGGUCAUCCUAACGUGAAAGGAGACAGCACCAGCAGUUCAGAGAGCACCACUGAUGUGAAGCUUUUCUCGAUGGAUGCAUCUGUACAGAGGCUGAGUUUUGCUGAGGAAUCACUGCCUGUGGGACUGGAACUGCAGGUGUGUGACCCAACUCAUGGGCUCAGUGUUGUGACACGCUGCAACCUAAAGCAGUACACACAGUUUGGACCCCUUGUGGGACAGCCAAUUAAGGAGAUGGACAUUCCUGACGACUUCAGCAUGAAGGACAUCUGGGAGGUGUUCACUGACAAGGAUCGGCAGUACCUCAGCACAUUUGAUCCUGAUGGUUCGAACUGGCUGCGGUAUAUUCGGCCUGCACCAGUGAGGGAGCAGCGUAACCUGGCUCCUGUUGUGCGUCAUGGAGAACUAUAUUUUGUGACGGUGGUAGAAAUUGGGGAGGGGGAGGAGUUGUUGUAUUGGUCAGAUGAUACAGCUACCAGUUGGUCCAAGAAGAAGAUGGAGAAGACAAACUGUGGCGGUUGCAACUUACGGUUCUCACACCCACUGUAUUACCGCAUGCACUGCACUGUGUUUCAUGAUCCUAACUUCAGCUUGACCAUCCGCAAGUACCACUGUAAGGUGUGUGGCACAGCUGUUCUGGGCAAGGAGAAUAUCAUGAAACAUGCAGCUGAGAUGCAUGAUGGCAAGGGUGCCUACCAGUGCCAAUACUGCAAAAAGUUCUUCCUGCGCCUUAACUACCUGGAGAUGCAUCGCACAUAUGGCUGUGCAUCAAACCCACAACGCACACGACCUUUGUGUGAUUUCUGUGGGAGAAAGUUCUGCCAACCUCAGAAACUCAAAGUCCACAUCAAACGCAUGCAUAAUGACAUGGCAGAAGUUCUUCGAGAGUUCCAGUGCAAGAUCUGCCUCAAGCUUCUUGGCUCACGAGCAGCCUUGCAACGCCACAUGAAGGAGGUGCAUCACAAGGAUAUUGUGGGGGCUUGCACCUGUGAUCGCUGUGGCAAGAUGUUCCAGAAUAAGUCAAAUCUGAAGAUUCACAUGUUGACACACUCUGGUGUAAAGCCUUUCAAAUGCAAGCAGAAUGGCUGUGUGGCAGCAUUCACAACAAAACAGUGCCUCCAAUUUCACUACAAGAAGGUGCACAGUUUCUCUGAAGAUGCAAUGCCUGCGAUUGAACGUUCAGUUGCGUACACUUUUGAUGCUUAUUCUGGUGGUACUGUUGAAGAACCUGGGCGUGGGAAGACCCCACGGUUUGACAAGGAGAGACGCAGCUCAACAGACAACAACAGCAGUAGUUUGUUGUCACUGGAUGAGAGCAGUUCAGCAUCAAGUGUUAAAGCUGAUGUCUCAGCUACCAGCUCCACCACUGAGUGCAACAGUGGUCAAGAUGACAACAGAGGUGUGAGAGAUGGUCCCCCUCAACUAACACCACCUCCUCCCCCUCAAUCCAAUGAACAUACAGGCCAGCAGCCCCCAAUGUUGGAACCUUAUAUCACACCAACUGCCAGCAAGGUGGUGAUGAGCAAGGGUAGCAAGAAAUGGUUGGGAGAUCCGACUCCCUUGGAAGCCUCUAGAACAUUGCCUGAGAAGGGUCACCUCUAUGAACUUGACGAUGAGAAGGAGCCAGGCAAUGAUAUAGCUAUGAGUAUAGCAGAACCAGAAUGCCACAAGACGCCUCCAUCCAUUUACCGACGGCCUGAAUCAUCGUCGAAUGCAAGUUUAUUAGUGGAGGCAGCUCUAGAUGCAGCAGAACGUGACAUAGACAUGUCUGGUGUCGUCAGUUCUCCCACAGUGAUUACGGCAAAUGACAAACAGAACAGCGAGUCCCUAUACCCACAUCACUUAGUGAAUGGGCAUUUGGUACCCUCACCUUCCCCUCCCACUGACCAUAUGGACAGCUACACUUUGCAGUCUCCUGCAACAACCCCAGACCCACAAGAGGGCUCUCCCUCAGGAAACCUGCAGCAGCUGGAGGGCUACACAUCCCCACCACGCAUGCAUUACAGCAUACAUCAUCAGGAGGACCUUAUCUCCCCAGCUGAGACACCACAUCCGACAGGCUACAUGCAUCACUCUGAGGAGAUGUCACCUGACCAUCCUCGAGGUGGUCACAUGGAUGGCUACAGUCCCCGUUAUGAGCUGCACCAUCAAGUGUCCACUGACAAUCUAUCUAGUGAUGAAGGGGAAGGGGCACAGAACUUAAGCCUGGGCCUCAAGGAGAAGGCAGGGUUAACACUUGACCUGGCAUACAAACAGUAUGAGGUACUAGAAGAACUUCGCCCUGGUUUUGAGCCACUUCUGGUGGGAUCCACAGAGUUGCAGGGGCUUGACAUGUCUUCACGUAGCUACCAUCAUGGGAACUUUGGCUCUCAGGCUGUGUCACGCUACCAUCACACAAGUGUGCUGUAUGAUAUGGCAGCUGGGGGUCCAGACAGGCAGAGUGUUGAUCUCAGCAUGACUGGUCGGGUUGGUAAUGGAUACACUUCCCCUCCGCCUCCUCCCCCUUAUUCACAUUCUGAGGUUCUGCGUGUUGUGAGCUUGGAUCUAUCACGUCAUCACUCUCAUCAUGCCCACCACCAGCUCCCUGCACCCCGUGCCAUGACCCCUUCCCCUGCCCCACCUGGCACUCCUAACCAUGUCAUCCCAGAAAUGAACCGUAUGUCCACAGUCACUACCCAGGGACUGGUGGAUACAGGUCGCAUCUUGUCUCCACCUCCACACCCCAGCUACCAGACCUACCCCUUAUCACCAUCUUCAUACCAUCGCACGCCUCACAUUGCCUCUACCUCUCCCUCUGCAUACCACCAUUACUCAGGGUACUACUAGACAGCUGAGACUAGUCACAUUCACAUUGAUCACUAAUAAAUGUCUUAAGAAUUUCUUGUAUAUGGAAUUAAACUCAUUUUACUGGAGGACUGAUGAUAAGUUUAGAUUAGGUGUGUAACGUAAAUGUGUCUAUCAGAGAGCAUACAUUAUUAGUGUUAUUGGAUAUGCUUCCAGACUGUUAUGUGUUCAUCAUUGGACAGAUUGUUGCCAUUUCUUAAUUCUAAGUAUUACAAUCAUUACCAUCAUCAUUACUGCUGCUGCUGCUGCUACUGCUACUACUACUACUAACUACUACUACUACUACUAC